UAGUUUUGAAUGGCUUUAUUGUUUUUCGAAGUAUUCUCCACGAAGCACUUAUUCCACUCGUUUGCUGGCAGACCCAAAACGGUAUUUUUGAAUGCGUCAACUGCUUCUUCUGGUGAUUGGAACCUUUGACCACGCAGUCUGUUUUUAAUUUUCGGGAAAGUAAAGAAAUUGUUAGGACUUAGAUCGGGACUAUAUGGAGGAUGGUCCAAUAAUUCCACGUUUU